AAAAAAGCAUAAUAGUCCAACGCGCAUUUACUUUCCUAAUUCUCGAAACUCCACCGCCAACGAGAACCACCGUCCGCCGCACGCCGCCGACUGCUCAAACCGCCAUGGGAAUCUCCUGGAGUAAGAAUCACAACCGCUAUCAGCAGCACCACCAACAGCACCACCACAAUCACCCACCUAUUCCUCCACCGCCGUAUUCAAACCCCCCUCCGUUGACCUUCACCGGCGGGGCUCCAUCUCUCCCCCAAUCCUCGACGACGCCGAGCGCUUCCGUUCCUCCACCCCAACGCCCUACCUACGCUUUCGCUGCCAACGCUCCUUAUUCCGUUCCGGAGCAGCAUCCUUACCCGGCGAUCCCUUCCUGCCCCGCGCGGCCUCCGCCGCCUCCUCCUCUCCCCCCGUACAACCUCAAUUACAAUUACCACGCGAGGCCGGUCAAUUUUGCCCCGCCAUACCCUCAUUACCGUCCCUAUUACCCCUCCCAACCUACCGGAUGGGGCUCCUCGGCUGGGCCAUUUCCUCCGCAGCCAUUGCUGCAGCCUGCUCCUUACGUCGAUCAUCAGAGCGCGAAGAAGGUCAAGAAUGAUGUGAAUGUCCACAAAGACACGAUAAUGUUGCAAUUGGAUGAGUUGAACCCUGAAAGCCACUUGGUCUGCUUCACUUUUGAUGCUAUGGUGGAUGGAAGUAUUACUAUUUUCUAUUUUGCUAAGGAAGGGGAGAACUGUAAAUUUAGUCCAGUUUAUCCGGAGAUUGUGCCUGUGAAAAUCCCUUUCCAGAAAGGACUAGGACAGAAAUUCUGCCAGCCUUCAGGAACUGGUUUGGAUUUUGGCUUCUUUGACACUGAUGACCUAUCGAAGCCUAGUCCAGGGGAUGAUAUAUACCCACUUGUGAUAUCAGCUGAGUCAAGCAAACCAUCUGGGGAUGAGGUUGAGCAUUCAAGGGAACAGGUUAACACAUCACCACAUGCUCAGAUCACUCAGGCUAUCAUAGAAAAGAAGGAUGGAGGAAAUUUUAAAGUGAAAGUAGUCAAGCAGAUUUUAUGGAUUGAUGGUGAUCGUUAUGAGCUGCGUGAGAUUUUUGGGAUCAGUAAUUCAGAAGAAGCUGCAGUCAGUGAUGUGGAAUCAGGAAAAGAAUGUGUAAUUUGCAUGACUGAGGUCAAGAACACGGCUGUCUUGCCAUGUAGACACAUGUGUAUGUGCAGUGACUGCGCAAAAGAACUGAGGCUCCAAUCAAAUAAAUGCCCUGUGUGUCGCCAGCCCAUUGAAGAGCUCCUGGAGAUCAAGGUCGAUCAAGAUUUAUUGACCUAAAGGGUGCAUCCUGGCUAGGGGUAGAGUUCCUAUAUAUACAACUACUUCUUACAAGAAAAUUACAUCACAGUUUGCACAAAUGGUGAUAUGCUUCUCAUUUGUACAGGUCUCCUUGAAACCUACAUAUAUAUUUUAUUCUGUAACUUGCCAACAGUUGUUGUAUAGGUAAAUUGAUGGAACUCUUCUGUCUAUUUUAUUUUAUUUUCUCA